AUGGCGGGCGUGAUCCAGAGACUAACAUUGCGGUCGAUAGCACAGAAGGCGUGUUAUAAUAUUUUAUGCAGUGAGACGGGAAUAGGAAACACCGAGUACAACAACGUGAACACCUUCUACGCUGGCUACAUUACCGCCCAAAUACCCGGUCACUACCUAAUGCAACGCUUCCCCUUGGGAAAGUUCGUCUCUCUUUCCAUACUCCUCUGUGGGUCCCCCUACCUUUUCGUAUCAAUAAUCUUCCUUCACUGCACAGCAACCUCCUACGGCGCCCUGAUCCCGCUCCGCGUCCUCCCCGGCUUCUUCGAAUCCGUCCUGGUCCCCAGCAUGGAAGUUACCAUGUCCAUGUUCUUCACACCUGCCGAAUCCAUCCGCCUACAGCCCAUCUUCUGGAUCUCCUGCCCCGCGGCCCCCAUCCCGGCAGGCUUCAUCGCCUACGGGCUCCUGCGCGUCUCCCACCCCACAAUCCUCCCUUGGAAGUUCUUCAUGAUAAUCAUGGGCGGGAUUACGUUUUUCAUUGCGAUGGGGAGUUGGUUCUGGUAUCCUGAUAACCCGGCCAAGGCGAGGUUCUUGACGCUGGAGGAGAGGGUGCAGGCUAUUAGGCGUGUGCAUGCGGCGACGCGGAGCGCGAUUGAGCAGAAGACGUUCAAGAGGUAUCAGCUUGUGGAGGCGCUGCGGGAUCCCGUCUCGUGGCUCUUCUUUUCCGCGGCGUUGUUUUUAAUGCUGUCUAACAACCUUGUUUUCCAGCAGAGCCUGCUUUUCGUUUCGAUUGGUGUCAGUCGGCUGGGGUCGACGUUGGUAUCGGCAGCAGGGGGCUCUUUCUCCAUCGUCUGCUCCGUCCUCGGAACUCUGGGCUUUUUAUGGUGUCUCCCGGCUAUUGAGGGAGGUAUUGGUAUGGUUGCUUUGCCGUGGGAUGCUACGCUGUCGCUUCUGGCGUGCAUGUUGUUAGCAGGAAGUACGUUUGGAGCCACUUACAUCAUCGCACUGGGUAUCGCCAAUUUCGUCUCGCCACAGAUAUGGGUUGCGCGCGAUGCGCCGAGGUACUACGGGGCUUGGAUUGCCCAGAUUAUCAUCAGUUGGGUGGCAGCACCCGCUUGCAUGCUCGCCGUACACUGGAUCUUGACACGAAAGAAUACAGAACGCCGGGCAUGGAUCGCUGUGCAGGAGGAGGCGGGGCAUCGGCCCGCUGGAUUGGUGGAACAGGUGGAUGAACAUGGUGAUAUUGUAAAGGUGGAGGUGGAUAUUUCUCUACUGGAUCUUACCGAUCUGGAGAACAAGUGCUUAAUCUCUCAGUUAUGA